AUUUAGGUCAAACAAAACGGAUGAAAACAAACAGUUUUGAACGAUAUGGAAAUAACAUAAAAGAGAAUUAAGAUGGGUAGAAGGGGCUACCAUGUACUGCAAUUACUUGCAUUGGUACUUAUACCAACAACAAUAUUAGCUGUAGAUAGAGUUUAUGAUAUGGAUAGGUUAUCAACAUGUAGACAAGAAGUAACUAUAUAUGAUUUUAAUGUUAUAUUAAAUGGUAAAGCUAAUGCAGCCCCAGCUAAUCCUCCUCAAGAAUGUACUAUCAUGUUAAAAUCAGGCUAUACAGAUGGUAAAAGUCAACUGGAAGUAGCUAUUAAUGAAGUUCAAAUAGAAGAUUGUGCAGUGUUUGUGGAUAUUUUUAAUGGAAAAGGUGCUUUUGGUAAUUAUCUGAGACGUUUAGGAUGUAACUCAGAAAAUAAAGAUAAACUAUAUUCAGAUUCUGAAUGGAUUACAAUUAGAUUUACUAGACCAGUUAUCUUAUACCAAACAGUUUAUGUCUUUAAAUUAACAGUUACAACUUGGGAGGAUCCAGAUGUUCCUGGGUUGUUUUUGGGUGGAACUAUAUUAUCACCUGGAGUUAUUAUAGGAAUAGUUGCUGGUCUAUUGUUAGUUAUUGUACUGUUUGCUAUAUUAAUAUGGUGCUGGCGAUCUGGACGUAUCUAUAACUAUAUUGGCACACCUCCUGAAAAAUAUGAUUCAACCAAACAGAAAAUAGAAAAUGGAGAAUAUAAUAGUGGUCUUGAUAAGUCUGAAACAAAUUCUGUGAAAUCUGGCAUUGAUCACAGAGAUCCAGCAGUUUGGUCUACUUUAGCAGGUGAAAAGCAACACCCAUCUUACAGACCUCCAGGUGGACAUCAGUAUAUAAAUAGACGGACUUACCAGGAUUCUAGGGCAAGAACAUUUGAUAAUCGUGAUCCAAAUGGCGUCAUGCUAAAUGGUGGAUGCCCAAGAGAACAGAUUAAUUUGAAACAGGCACUUAUUGCCAAUAGACAAAGAUCUGUAAAUGGUGGCUCUUCUACUCAGUUUCGAAAAGAAACUCUAAUUGAUGAUGUAUUUGAAAGUGAUGAUAAUCAAGUUGAAGCACCACAUGAAAAUUUUCAAAGGGGUCAUCAUUCAAGAAGUUCUAAACGAAGUCAAGAUAAUGAUGAAAAGAGGUCAUCAUUAAGAAGUAAUGCUGAAUCUCCAUCAAGAGAUUCAAGACAUGGUGACUCACCCAGUAGAUCACCAAGAAGAUCAAGACAUGGUGAAUCACCAUCAAGAGAUGAAUUACAAAGAGGAACUGAAGCUAGAGAUAGCAAUAGAAGUACUUCCUCUCAGAAAGACAAUAAAAUACGAGCUAAAAGUUUAGCUCAAGAAGCCAGUGAAGCUAGAUUGAAAUCAAGAAAUGACAAUGCAGAGGAUUCAGCCUCAGAUAUUGAUUCAGCCAGUGUGAUGUCAAUACCUGAACCAGACUCCCAUCAUAAAACACAUUCCAAAAACAGACAAAACGAAGACUCUAAUGAUGAUUCUGAUAAUUCUGAUGAUUCUGAUGAUUCAGAAGUGAGAGAAAUCACCAACAAGAGUAAAAACAACAAUCCAGAUUUAAUGGUGAAUCCAAAUCAUUCCAAAUCACAGAAAAGUAAAAACAUCGAUCCAGAUUUAAUGGUGAAUCCAAAUCAUUCCAAAUCACAGAAAUCGCCUAAAAAUAAGAAAAAGAAAAGAAAGUCAAAGAGUAAAGAUAGAGAUGAGGAUGUUUUACCACCAGAAGCUUUUGAACCAUUGUUUGAUCGACCAGUUUCAGAGGAACCAUUACCUGACGGGAUGCAACCAUUAAAUACUGCAUAUAAUAAUCCUUAUGGAAUGUAUCCUGGAAUGUAUCCCAUGACUAAUUAUGGUAUGCCAUAUGGUAUGAUGCCUGCCCCAGGAACUGUGGCGCCUGGAACUCAGACCUAUGCCUAUGCCUACCAAGCGAUGCCAGCACCUGGUAUGCCUCCUCAACAAGCUGGACAAGCUGCAUUUAUUGUACAAGAAACACCUACAAGGGAUGGAAAGGUACAAAAAAAAGCUUUUAUGAUGACUCAAGAAGGUCAACCUCAUCCCAACUCACGUAAUCCAGGAGCACCUGGGUAUUCAUCAACACCAUAUGGAGAUCCCUCUCAAAGAGGAUCUGGUCGUCAAAGAUCACACACACCUCCAUCUAAAAACAUCAUACCACAGCUUCCACAAGAUAAUGGUCAGGGUCAUCGGACAGCCAUGAUGAAGUCAGGAGUAGAUCCUAAAACUGGGAUUGAAACUAAUCAAGUAUUAUGGACUGACACUACUCGAGACCCAAGUGAUCCACCCCCUGAUGCUAAUCCGCAGAUCACACGUAAAACUGUUAUUAGAACUACAACAAGGAGUGGAUAUGCUGACAUACCAGAGGACACAGAUAAGAUAACUGACUAUUUACAACUUCAAGCUGAUCCGAACGAACCAUCAUUUCUGUCACCAUCAAGAGGUGGUCCACAUGUUAUUGACAAUUCAGACAUUCCUGAUCGUGACAAUAUGGCCUAUUAUCUGGGACUACAUAAUCCAGACUCAUCUCAAGUUGUACAUCCUGCACCCAGUAGAAAUAGAGCUAUUAAAGAUAAUGUGUCAAUAGCAUAAAUUAUUGGGAUUAUUUUUUAGGAAAUUUAAUAAUUGAAGCGAUUAAAGGCAUUCUAUGUCCUUAGUUUCUGAUGCCAUAAUUAUUAAUAUUAAAGAAUCUAUGAAAAUAAUUAAAUUAAAGAUAAAGUAAAGUAUUAAUUCAGAAUGUAUCAGACUCAAUAGAAGGAAUUUAAUGAUUAAUUCUAAUAAAUGUGGCAGAGAUGGUCUCAAAAUAUUUUGAUCUCUUCAUUCUAAUUCAACAUCUGUCGCUGUUCAGAUUUAUUAACCAAACUGUUGAAACAUUAAACAUCAGUUGCUUUUAUAUUUAAUAUUAAACAUUUGUAUUACAAGUUUCAUUAUGGAUACAUCAUGCAUCAUGCUUAAAGGGAUUGUAAAGAGAUUUUUUCUAAAAAAUGUAUGUGUAUUUGGGACUGAAAGCAUCAAUCAAACACUUCAAUUUAGCGGAAAACCACAGACAUCUGACUGAAUAUUGGUACGGGGAAAAUUGAUGUUGUCACUGUCCCCAAUACACAUAGAAAAUUGAGAAAACCUCUUUAUAUUCCCUUUAAGUCAAAUUACAAAGUACACCAUUGAAAGACUCCUUUGUUCUCAUGGCAGCACCGAAUUUAUCAAUUUUAAACAUGGAUUUGACCUUCAUGACAUUCUAAUUUAUUGAUUAAAGUGUAUAAAGUGCCUGUGAUCAAGUGCAGUUUGAUGCUCUGUCUAUACAAUAUUUACUUUGUUUUUAGUUGUUUUUUUUCCUUUAGUGCUCUUGCUUAAAAAUAAUUUUAAAUAUCAUUUUGUAAGUUUAAAAUUAAUCAUUCAUGAUUUACUCAUUUUUUUAAAUAUCAUUAAUCAUUUUAGAUAUAAUUAUUGUACAAAGAUUUAGAAUUGAAUUAUUCAUCUAUUUGUAUUAAAAUAUUUAUAAUGAAUUAAUGAAAUUUUCUUGUGUUCCUAAAUAUAUUUUCACAAAUU